AUGGACUCGGAAGAAACGAUAAAUUUGGCAGUGAAAUAUGCAAAGGAUGCAGUUAUAGAAGAUGAGAAAAAAAAUUAUAAAGAAGCUUUAAAUUUAUAUAUACAAAGUUUGCAAUACUUUCAUUUUUUUUGUAAGUAUGAAAAAAAUGCAAAUAUAAGAGAAUUAAUAUUAAAAAAAAUGGAAAUAUAUAUGGCUCGAGCUGAAAGUUUAAAAAAAAUAAUUAAUAAAAAAGAAGUGAUAGAAACUAAAGAAAAAGUAGGAAAUUCUGAAGAAACUAAAGAAAAUAUGAAAAAGCAAGUAAAAGAAUUUAUUAUGAAUAAAAAUAAUAAUGUAAAAUGGUCAGAUGUCUGUGGUUUAGAAUUAGCCAAAGAGGUUUUAAAAGAAGCAAUUAUAUUUCCAUUAAAAUUUCCAAAAUUAUUUAAUUCUUCUUCAUUACCAUAUAAAGGGAUCUUAUUAUAUGGUCCUCCUGGGACAGGUAAAACUUUUUUAGCAUUAGCAUGCGCAAAUGAAUGCAGUAUGAACUUUUUUAAUGUAUCAUCUUCAGAUUUAAUAAGUAAAUAUCAAGGUGAAAGUGAAAAAUAUAUAAAAUGCUUAUUUGAAACAGCAAAAGAGAAUUCUCCAUCAAUUAUUUUUAUUGAUGAAAUUGAUUCCUUAUGUGGAUCAAGAACAGAUGGAGAAAAUGAAUCAACAAGAAGAAUAAAAACAGAAUUUUUAAUAAAUAUGAGUGGAUUACAAAAUUAUGAAAAUAAUAUUAUUGUUAUGGGUGCUACCAAUACACCUUGGUCUUUAGAUAGUGGAUUCCGAAGGAGAUUUGAAAAAAGGAUUUAUAUUCCACUUCCAAAUUUAUAUGCAAGAAUGAAAAUAUUUGAAAAAUAUAUAAAAAAUAGUGAAAGUAGUGAUAUUCAAAAAGAGGAUAUAAAAUAUUUUGCUACUCUAACUGAAAAUUAUACAGGUGCUGACAUUGAUAUUAUAUGCAGAGAUGCUGUAUAUAUGCCAAUAAAGAAAUGCCUUCUUUCCAAAUUUUUUAAGAAAGUUAAUAAAAAUAAUAAAAUAUAUUAUACACCAUGUUCUCCUGGUGAUACUGAUAAAACAAAAGUAGAAAAGAAUGUAAUGAAUAUAAAUGAAAACGAAUUAUUGUUACCAACAUUAAGUGUGCAAGAUUUUAAAACAGCUAUAACUAAUGCAAAACCAUCCUUAUCUUUAGAUGAUUUAAAAAGAUAUGAAGAAUGGACAAAACAGUACGGAAUGAGUGGUACAUAA